AUGCUCGACAAAAUCAAAACGUUCGUCUCUCGUCAGGCAGGGCAGAAGGUUGGGAAUGCCCUCACAACCUCAUCGGGUGCCCCACCGUCACUCAAGGAUGCGCUGAGCCAAGCAAUGCAGAUGACGAGCAAGCUCUUUGACGAGCGCGAAUGGCAGUGCCCUUGUGGGCAUAGAUUCCGCGCAUCUGGAGAGUGGGUGGCCACGCUGCCAAUCUACUGCGAGGUCCCUUCGUGCCCCAAUCCCAAGUACUAUGUUGAUGGGCCAGGGCGAGCACUGCUCGAAGCUAAUCCAUCUGGAGUGAAGCUGCAGGAAUUUCGGAAGGAAGAACAGUUGCCUCCAUCUUCUACUUGUAAAGGUGUGGGGUCACGCUUCAACAACCGUUCAAAGUAA